AUGAAGGGAAGAAGUGCGAUUUGUGGAUUGGAAUUGAAUAAUGAGACGGAGUUGUGUGGGUUAUGGUGGGUUCCAGAUGAUGUGGUUGUGGACUGCCUGACUCUGUUGUCGAGAUUAGACCUCGUGGCCUUAUCGAUGGUCUCCAAGAGGUACCGGUGUGUCGCAAAGUCCCAUGAUCUCAGGAUCUUGAGGUCUCGGAGCGGUUGCCUUCACCCAUAUAUGUACGUAUAUAUGCACAUGUAUCCAGAUCCAAGCCCACGGUGGUUGGUCCUCCACCCCGUGCAACGUCGGCUGAAACGGCUCAAUAUGGACUACUCGUAUCCGGCCCCGGUAGCAGGAUCCUGUUUCGUGCAGACGGCUUGGGGGAUCUUUAUAAUCGGUGGACUCAUAGACGGCAAACCCACAUCGGAAGUCACGUUUUUUGAUUGUACCGAUCACACAGUGCGCCGAGUAAAUCCCAUGAAGAUGGCUCGGAGCGGAGCAUCGGCAAGCUUGAUAGACAACAAGAAGAUAUACGUGUUUGGAGGGUGCUGGGACGCUGCUGAUUCCUCCAAGUGGGCAGAGGUGUAUGAUCUCGAAACCGGAAUUUGGGAGUUCCUGCCUGUGUCUACGCCCAAGAUGCCCCUCAAAAUCCAACAAAGUGUGGUGACGGACGACAGCAAGCAUGUUUACGCGGUGGAUGAGGAUGGUCAAAUCUUUAAGUUCUCAACAAGUGAAUGUGUGUUUGAGGCAGAGACAGAGGCAGCCGCAGACGCAGACUACGGAAACGAUUGGCUUUUAGCUCAUCCAGCAUUGUUCUGCCGUGGUACCGGCGGGAGAAUACUGUGGCGUAUUCCAUUUAAGUCGACUUGGAGGGAAGUCAAGGGUUUGGAAGAGCUGCAGCAGCAACACUCUGGUUUUGAUAUCAUCAAAUUCUGCUUCUCUCGUCGUCGUGGCAGGAUGGCCAUCUUCUGGGAAGCUCGGCCUCAAGGUCCUGAUGAUCAGAUUUUGGAGCUUUGGUAUGCCGAAUUUUCCAUUGCGCCACGCGUGGAAGGCCAGGUAUUGCAGGUUGUGGCGAACAUUGAGUGGUCUGGUGCUGUCCUCUCCUCGGACUCAUCAUGUACUGACCCCUUUAACUUGUUAUAUGCUGUUUCUCUUUAUGUCUGA